AUGGACGCAAUAAGAAGCAGAGUACCCCAAAUGGGUAAAAAAGCCGCUUACGUGCUUCUGUUUAUCCUCGUGAUUCUAAUGACAUUAAAUGCCAUUGCUGUAUACCUUUUUGCCUUUGUAUUUAAAAAAGACCCCGUUAGCGAGGAAAUAAAAAGAAUAUGCAUGAGUAAUUACUCUUAUCUAAGGCCCGCAGAGCAUGAAAUUAUCAAUAAGCUCCUAAAAAGUUCUGAUACUGCGGCAGAACUCGAUCGGGCAUUUCCCAAAUGGAACAUAGAGUCAGAUAAAUUUUCAUUUGUUUGUAAAUUUGGUACUAAAGUGCUGCAACAUUACGCGAUUUACGGCGAAAAAAAAUUCUUAGAUGUUACUAUCAAGAUAAUUGACGCAAUGAAUCUUCAAGUUCUUAAGACGGUUAAUUUGGACAGCUUGGAAUGGAGCUUCGAGAGGCUGUCAGAAGAGUGUGCGAGGUUUCUCAUCGCGUAUCAAUACCUCGGUGAUCGCAGAUACAAUCCUUCUACGAAUGAAAUUUGUUAUGAUUUUAUUUUGAAACUGGUGCCUGAAUUAAAUAAAGUAAAAACUCCAAAUAAUAGUAACUUCAUUCGUGGCAAUACUGCAAGAUUGUUAUCGCUUUAUAUGAAUAAUUAUUCCCAGUACAAAAGUGAUGUUGCAGGCAAAGAAAUGGAUAAAUUUAGAGGUGCUAUUAAGAAUGUCAAAAAACAGGCGGUUAAAUUUGAUUCUUAUCCCUAUUAUAAUGAAAUGUUCACAGUUUUCAAAUUUUGGAAAUAA